CAAAAUCAAAAAACUCAAUGCAGUGACAGAUAAGGAACCUCAAAGCAAUACUCAGCUCAGCACAAGCGCACAGAGAGAGAGAGAGAGAGAGAGAGAGAGAGAGAUUGAAUUGAAUCUCCUAUCCUAUGGCUAACCUGAGAACGGCGAUCGACUCGGGGUUUUGGGACCUGAACAUAGCGACUCCACAAAGCCUACUAGAAGGUUCGGCGCGGUGCGUCCCAGGCGAGCCCUUCCCUCUGGACGGAGCGAGAGCCAGCAGAGCCCUCAGAAUCCAACAACUCUCUCUCUUGGGAAAUGGGUUUCCUCUCGGAAUCAUACCCUCUUUCUCUCCCACCUCUCCCAAGGAAUUGGGUUCUUUCUCUCUCCAGUCUCUCUUCCUCAAUCAAGAUUUCUCCAACUGGUGGCUUGGAUUAGUAGCACAGUUGCGUCCUAAGAAAUUGAUCUCUGCCAUUAAAUCAGAACUCUAUAGCAGUGAUGAGUGGGAGCUCCCUGCAUUUAAAGAUGUUGCUAAGCAUUUCCUCGACAAGUCCCUUUAUUCAAUCGGUCUGUGCUCACAGAUAUCUUUGAAUUCCUCAUCAUCCUUAUUGUUGAGCACAGAAGCACAAGGUGAAAAGAAGGGACGGCGCACCAGGGCCAUGCUGCUGCACAAGCUUCCUAAUCAUGAUCUUACAAUGGAGGUGGCAUGGCCUCAGCUCUACAUAGACCAUAACGGAAAAUAUUGGGAUGUUCCUGAAUCAAUUUCAUUGGAUUGUUCUUCACUUGUUUCUGAAUCUGGAUUCAGGUAUCGUUUUGGUUUACAUCAAAAUAGUGGCAAUCCUCGGGCUGUUAAUCCCAGUCAUGGCGAUGUACCUCUUGCCUUAUUGCCUGGAUUCUGUGCAAAAGCUGCCUUUUCUUAUGAGAAGGGCAAAGACCUUUGGAGGCAAAUGGAGACGAAAAAGGAUGUCAUCAUAGAGACAGAGGAGGGUCGAUUUUGGCGGCCUGCAUAUGACAUUCGUCUUAAAGAACCACAUGCAGUAAUUUCUGGAAUUAUUGGUGGUACUUGUGCUGCCUGGAUUGGAGGUAGGGAGAGAUCAGCUGCUGUUGAGAUGAAGGAAAUUGGGGAUAGCAUUUCUAUUAGUGCUAAGAAAAUAAGCCCUUUUAGUGCUGACUUAUUUGGGUCGGUUUGCUAUACUUUCCAGCAUGGGAAAUUCAGGAAGCUAUUUGGGGACCUCAGUCGGGUAGAUGCUCGCCUGGAUAUCUGUUCAGCUUCAGCUUUAGCUCAAAGGGUUUCAAAAAUCUUUAAGGGUUCUUCACUUAGUAAUGCAGAAAAUCCACUGUCUUCUCCCAGGCUUAAUUUGAUACUUCAACAGCAGGUUGCAGGGCCGAUCGUCUUUCGAGUAGAUUCCAAAUUUUUGAUUGAUUCAUCUUCUGGGAAACAAGGAAUGCAUAUGGAGGAUUUGAUAUACAGCUUGAAUUAUUCCCUGAGGCUCCUACAAUCUGGGAAAGUGGUAGCAUGGUAUUCCCCAAAAAGGAAGGAGGCAAUGAUUGAAUUGCGCCUUUUUGAGUUCUAAUCUCUCUCUCCAAAGUAAUGAUUGUUUUGUCUUGUCACUAUAUAUCUCAACAAUAUGAAUUGUUUGUGGAAAGCAAUUUUUUGCCGUUAAUUUAUGGUGCACAAAUAUGGUUGCUCAUGGCCAUCUCCAAUCUUUACUUCCUUUUUUUAAUCAAAUUUUGAGUAAAAAUUAGGUUUA